AUGGAUGGAGCAUCAACGGCCCUGUCGUCGGCCCCGCCUGCGGACGCCGCGCCGGCCAAGUACAUUCCGCCUCACCUUCGUCGACAGCAGCAGCAGCAGCAGCAGCAGGGCUCCGCCGCGUCCGCGGCGUCUGCGGCUUCUCCCUCGGUAUCUUCUGCUGCGAGUUACCCGUCGUACCCUUCGGGGGGCACUGGGGGCUGUUCCGCGGGCCCCGGGUUCUCGGGGGCCCCCGGGGGCCCCCGCGAGGGCUCCAUGAACGGCCGCCGGGGGGCCCCGGGGAGUUCUCCGGAGUCGCGGAGCCGGUUCAGUUGUUUGGCGGAGCGUCCGUCUCCGUCGAGCGAGUUCCGGGGGGCCCACCAGGACGGGCGGGCGGGGGCGGGGGCCCCGGGGGGCCCCCCGGGGGGCGCGUCGGGGGGGGCCCCCGGGGGGCCCCCCGGGGGCCCCGCGGCCGCGGACGGGCUGCCCGCGGGCCCCAGGGGCCCCGGGGCCCGCGGGGCCCGCAACAGCCACACAGGCACCGGGUGGGACGUGCGGGACGGGCGGGCGUUCCGGAGCGACCGGCUGAGCGAAGUGUUCAGCCCCGAGAAGCAGCAAAGCACGGGAAUAAAGUUCGACGCGUACGACAAAGUGCCCGUGGAGUUGAAGGGGCGGGGCUGCGAGAAGAUCCUGCCGGUGGAGUCCUUCGAAGAGAUUGGCUGCAAGUUCUCGCCGCUGCUGAUGGAGAACGUGGCCCGCGUGAACUACAGCAGGCCCACGCCCAUUCAGAAGAACUCCAUUCCCACCAUUCUCGCGGGCCGCGACCUGAUGGCCUGCGCGCAGACGGGCUCCGGCAAAACGGCGGCUUUCCUGUACCCCAUCAUCGCGCAGAUGCUGCAGACGGGGCCCCCCCCGCUGCCGCCUGCGGAGCGGGGGGGCCCCUCCUCCUACAGGCGCAGCGUGUACCCUGUGUGCCUCGUCUUGUCGCCCACGCGCGAGCUCGCCAUGCAGAUCUACCAGGAGGCCCGCAAGUUCCAGUUCGGAACUGGAAUCCGCACUGUUCCCGUCUACGGAGGCUCCCAAAUCAAAAAGCAACUCAUGGACUUGGACGCGGGCUGCGACAUUUGCGUCGCCACCCCGGGCAGGCUCGCAGACGUCCUUGAGAGGCGCAAGAUUCGCCUGGCGCUGGUGAGCUACUUGGUGCUGGACGAGGCGGACCGCAUGCUGGACAUGGGAUUUUUGCCGCAAAUAAAGUCGAUUGUGGACGACUUUGAUUUGCCUCCGUGUCCUUCUCCGGGUUCCGUUUCGGGAGAGGGUCCUGGAGGUGUCAGGGGCCGUCAGACGAUCAUGUUUUCGGCGACGUUUCCGAAGGAAAUUCAAAUGUUGGCGAAGGAUUUCAUGCACGACUACAUUUACCUGGCGGUGGGCCGCGUGGGGAGCACGAACGAGUUCAUCCGGCAGCGGCUGCUGUACGCCGACGAAGACCAGAAGAUAAAGUUGCUGGUGAAUCUGCUGCGGGAGUCGGAGAAGGGGCUGGUGAUAGUCUUCGUGGAGACCAAGAAGAAGGCCGACAUGAUCGAAGACUACUUGUUGAACGAGUCUUUCCCCGCGAUCUCGAUCCACGGCGACCGAACUCAGGAAGAACGCGAAGACGCGCUGCGCCAUUUCAAGUCCGGCCGCCGGCCGAUCUUGGUGGCCACCGACGUCGCCGCGCGCGGCCUCGACAUUUCAAAUGUCAAACAUGUUAUAAAUUACGACUUGCCUUCCAACAUAGACGACUACGUGCACCGGAUCGGCCGCACGGGCCGCGCGGGCAACUUGGGCUUGGCCACUUCCUUCGUCAACGAGCAGAACAGACCCAUUCUCCGCGACUUGCUGCACCUUCUCGAGGAAGCAAACCAGGAAAUUCCCAGUUUCCUGCAUCCCCUGGUGGUUUCCUGCACUUCUUCUUCGCUGCGGCUCGGCGGCCGCGGCGGCUUCGGCCGCAUGGCCAGCAGCAGCAGCAGCAGCAGACUCGGCGGCGCCCCCGCGUCCUUCAGCAGCAGAACUGCUGCUGGCGCUGCAGGCGCUUACUCCAUAGGCGGCGGCGGCCGCAUGGCUGCUGCUUCGGACUGGCGCACGGAAGCAGCAGCGCCCGGCCGGCCCACGGGCUUCACUGCAGGCAUUGGCUUUGCUGCAGACAGAAACCCCGGGCCCGCUCGCGACGCCUGGUAG